AGAGGAAUAUAACGAGUGUAGAGUAAAUGUCUUUGUUGUACAAUGUUUCGCUUUUAUUACUGUUAUUAACGACGGAUCGAUAUUAUUUUUUCAUGAGUAUUAUACUUGUAUUUAUUGCCUAAGGAAUGACAUUUACUGUAUACAACUAGCUUCCUUUUGCAAGUAUUUUUUAAUUUUUUAAUGUAUUUGUGUAAGACGAAGUUUUAUAAUUUAUCGAGACUUCUACGCGCUUGUGUAUUAAAACGUGAAUCAUGACAAGUCCACUAGCUUUUUUAAUUUUCUUGAGUCUGCUUUGGUUUUAUUGUACACCUUAACUUUAUUAAUAAAUUAUUAUAGACAAAAAGUAACCGUUGCAGUCUCUGUAUUGACUUUGUGAGUUGAGUUAUUAUUUAUUUACGUACUUUUUACUUUCAUCGAAAGGUAAGUAAAUCUCACGAUAUUCAACGGAGAUACACUUACGGUAGUAAUAUAUAAACACUUAAAAAAUCAAAAGACGAACAAUAUAAAGACGACCCGCGCAAAGAACGAUUACCUUAUACUCGAGAUUCUUUCCUGUUUAUUGCAAUCGCGAUUACGAUGAGGUUAUCGAAUCUCUCGUAAAUAGGUCACACGCGCUGUUAUACGCUUACUAUUAUCGCAGUCGGAUGCGAUGCCAGUUAAUUCUACACUUGUCAGACAAUUUGUCAAGUCGACAAUGGAGGAGGAGAGAAAAAAGGUUAUUCUUGCCUAUAGUGGAGGCCUAGAUACUUCCUGUAUUCUGCUCUGGCUCAUUGAGAAAGGCUACGAUGUCAUCGCAUACGUGGCAAACAUCGGCCAAGAUGAGGAUUUCGAAGCUGCGCGUGAGAAGGCCCUCAGCAUCGGUGCCAAAAAGGUAAUAAUCGAAGACCUCAGAGAGGCAUUCGUCACGUCGUACGUAUGGCCAGCAGUUCGUUCAGGUCUUCUUUACGAAGGCAGGUACCUUCUGGGCACGUCUCUGGCACGACCCUGCAUCAGCGAGGGUCUGAUAAGGGCAGCUCGUAGCGAAAAUGCGAUGACCAUCUCACACGGAGCUACCGGUAAGGGUAACGAUCAGGUUCGAUUCGAGCUCAGCUGCUACACUCUUCUGCCAGCUGUUCAGAUUCUAGCACCCUGGCGAGAGCCGGAAUUUUUCAACCGAUUCCAAGGUCGUCCAGAUCUUCUGGAAUACGCCAAGAAGAACAAGAUCCCUGUCUCUGCAACUCCAAAGGAGCCUUGGAGCACGGAUGCUAACCUUUUGCACAUAAGCUACGAAUCUGGAGUUCUGGAGAAUCCAGCCAACCAAGCUCCAAGUGACCUGUGCAAGAUGACGAACAAUCCACAAGAUGCUCCUGAUGAACCACUGGACGUCGAGAUUUACUUCGGCAAGGGAUAUCCGACGUUUGUUGAAAAUUUGCACACGCAUCAAGUGUACAAAUCGCCGCUGGCCAUCAUAGAGUUCCUCAACAACGUGGGUGGAGAGCACGGAAUCGGAAGGAUUGACAUCGUUGAGAAUCGAUUCAUCGGUCUGAAGUCGCGAGGAAUUUACGAGUCACCCGGAGCCAAAAUCGUUCACGAAGCUCACCAAGAUCUGGAGGUCUACUUACUGGACAAAGAAGUCUUGAGGCUCAAGUCCUACUUGGCUGAUAAAAUGUCCGAUUACGUUUACAACGGCUUGUGGUUCUCGCCUGAAUGUGACUUUGCCAGAGAAAGCAUCGCCUUGACGCAAAAAUACGUAACUGGGUCAGUUAUUGUGCGACUUUACAAAGGCAGUGUGUCCAUUGUGGCAAGGAAAAGUGACGUCUCUCUAUACAACGAAGGGCUGGUAUCGAUGGACUCCAAAGGCGAUUUCCAACCUGAAGAUGCUGGUGGUUUCAUCAGGAUCCAAGCUCUAAGGCUAAAAGAGUAUCAACGGUUCAAAGAACAACAUAAAAAAUGAUACUGCACAAUUUAUAAGAUGAAAGUUGUUUAAAUUUUUCGCAGUAAAAAUUUAAAAAUUUAAUAAAAACAUAAUCAAGUUUUGAAAAUUAACAAAAAUAACAUACCAUAUUCAAUAAUUUAUAGAAAACGUAAAUACUUGAGGAUUAGGAUCGAAUAGUACUGGAAAAGGGAGAAAAAAGCACAACUGCAGUGAAUAUACUUUCAAGUAGUUAUUAAUAAUAAUUCAAUCUUAGGAUAAUAAGCAUAUUUUUGAAGAUUAUAAUAAUAUAUACGAUAAUAUGUAAUAAGCAUUAUCUUACGGUAAUAAUAAUAAUUAUAAUCAUAAUUAUAAUAAUAGUAUACACAAAGUUUCGCUCACGCCAUAUGCUUCGCCUUUUAUAUUUUUCUUUCUCUCCCCUUUCUCUCUGCGCUAUAUCUGACUCAUAACUUAUAUAUAGGAAAGAACGACAGACAUACGAAAAUUUCGCGCGUACCUCUCAUAGAAUUUUUCUCUUCUCUCAUCUCUAUAUAAUAAUAAUAAUAAUUCUUUACACUCACACACUCGAUAUAUAAUAUUCUCUUCUCGGAUUAUCUUUCACAAUUACAUGUCAUCGACCGCACGCCAUAUAUAUAUAUUUUCGUAAUGCAACAUGCAAAAACCGCAAAUCGUAGUGUUUUUUUUCUUAGGGAUGGGUGUGGUACACGUUCUUUUGUUCGUAAAAUUUUUUUUUGAUAUCUUUUUCUUCUUUAUACGUUUAUUACGAUUAGUUAACUUGUGUACAGAGCAACACCCCAUUAUGUGUAUAGCCUUUUCGAUUAGUUUUAAACGUUUAUGUUAAUGACGUUAAUUCACUUAUUACUCGGUAGUUUUAAUUUACGACGAACGAACGUAGUUUACUUUUUAUUUAAUUUUUUUUUCGUUUAAGUAGCUGAAUUGCUUCGAUGUUGCCAAGAAAAAGGAUUGCAUACAUAUAUAACAUCGACUAUCGGGGAGACGAAUAUUUGUUUAUUCAUUAUUUUUUUUUUUUUUUUUUUACGAAUAUAUAGUCGUCGAUUGCUCUCGAAAUAAAGAAACAGAGAAACGAUCGACGCGUGUAAAAUCGAAUUAUUGCUCAAACUCUGGAUUAUAUUAGCUUAUAUCGAGAUUUAUCAAUAAACAACAUUGUUUUUUUUCAUCUAGUUCUAACAAUAAACAUUUAAAGAAAUAAUUCCACUACACGCCACUUAGUAAUUUUUUUUAUUUAUAUUCUAAACGAUCGGUCAAGCGCAAAUAUUUUUAGCUUUGUACUACCGACACUGCAACUCCUGAUAAUGGUUGCAAUCACUUACUUUAUCGUUAAAAAGAAAUAGAUAUAAAAGAAGUAUAUUUAUUAAACGAAUAAUUUAAAUUUCGUAAAAUUGUAAUAAAUGUUGUAUAAUAAUCAAAUAUUGCUUUUUUCUUUUAACGUCAAUAUUUCGUUCAAAGCAACGAAUAGUUACUUAAUUCGUUUUGAAUUUCUCAUGACUAAUAAAAAUUACAAAAAUAAAGGAACAGAAUAAAAAAAGCAUAACUAAUAAGUAAAAUAAAGGGAUCCAUACAUCACUUGCACAGCAAAUGAGAGAAAGUGAAUAAAAAAGUGAAGAAUCAUCCUUCUACUUAACAACAUCAAAGCAUCACUUUAUUUUUAAUCCAUUUAUUUAAAUUCAAUUAUUAUUUAUAUACAACCAUGUUUUUUUUUAAUUAAACGUUUCUUGUUAUUAGUAGUAUUUUUAUUUAUUUAUUAUUUUUUUUAAUAAUUAAUAUUAAGUCUGAUAAAAUUCACGUGCCAUUGAAGAUGAUGUGUGCCCAUGAUGGUUUUCAAACUUAUAUAAAAAAUUA